AUGAAGCCCUACGUCGCCGUAGAACGGGAUUUUAUAUUCAGAAAUGAGAAAAGUCUCGGGGAAGCUCAGUUCUCUAGCCAGGCUUUGGUACGCGUCAUCGUCUAUUGCGUCGUGGACAUCAAGAGCAGCGGCCAUGAGCUGUAUCCUGACGUCUAUGUGAGUACCAAACUGCGCAACAACGUGCAACUCACCGACACCCACUACGGCGUCAUCGACGACAAUGCUUAUUUUAACUACAGGCUCGUGUUCCCCCUGACCACACAGGAGGAAAUUUUGUCUCCCCUCGAAAUCAGAGCCAUGGACUUCGACUUUAUAACGGGGGACGACCAGCUCGGUACCCUGUAUCUUGACCUGAGCGCCGUGCCCUUCCCGCCCAGAGACCCUAAGCACUGCACCCUGACCACGCUCGACCGCGGCCCCAAGGUCAACAUGUUCGAUGUGGAGGACGGGAUCUCGCAGAUCUCCGGUUUCUGGCCAUUGGCGAAGAAUAAGAAGUUGAGGCCGUUUACCAAGACCAUGAGCGCCAAGAUCCACCUCACCCUCCAGGUGCUGACGGAGGAGAAGGCGGAGCUGUUCCCGGCCAGCUCGGGGAACGAGAAGGGUCCCCUCAACCAGUUCCCGAGCCUGAGCGUUCCCUAG